AACAAGACCUGGAACCAGAGACAGGCUUCAAAUGCGCCAUGUGCAAUGGAAGAUCGGACAAUCGGCCUUCACGUAUCUCUAGGCAGUCACAAGUUGACACAUACGUACGUGUAGCUCUCACCCAAGCCAUCAACCAUGACCAUUUCCAUCUCUGCUAUAUAUACCCCUCCCCUCUCUCAAAAUCCCCUCCUUGUCCCCUCUCCCAUUUCCAAGCUCCCAAGAUUCUCACCACCGCGCUCUGCCAUUCUUUGUUUCUCCUCCUCUCCUCCACCACCACCAGAUAUGGAUGCCACUACAGGUCCAAGUCUCUACCCUCUGCACCGUUCUAAAACUCUUCACCUGGUAAGGCAUGCACAAGGGAUUCACAAUGUGGAAGGCGAAAAGGAUCAUAGUGCAUACAUGUCUUAUGAUCUUUUUGAUGCACAUCUUACCCCUCUUGGCUGGAAUCAGGUUGAUAAUCUACACAAGCAUGUUCAAGCAUGUGGACUUUCUAAGAGAGUUGAGUUAGUCAUCACAUCUCCUUUGUUAAGGACCAUGCAAACAGCAGUGGGUGUCUUCGGGGGUGGAGCAUACUCAGACGGGAUAGAUGUACCUCCUCUAAUGGUUGCAAAUGCAGGGAACAGUAACCAUCCUGCAAUUUCAAGUCUAAACUGCCCACCAUUUAUAGCAGUUGAGCUUUGCCGUGAACAUUUGGGGGUUCAUCCAUGUGACAAGAGAAGAAGUGUUAGCGAGUACCAGCCUCUGUUUCCUGCAAUUGAUUUUUCACUGAUAGAGAAUGAGGAUGACAUUCUGUGGACACCUGACAUUAGAGAGAAGAAUGAAGACGUGGCAUCUAGGGGACUGAAGUUUUUGAACUGGUUGUGGACACGUAAAGAGAAGGAGAUUGCAAUUGUUACCCACAGUGGAUUCUUGUUUCAUACCUUGAGUGCUUUUGGAAGUGAUUGCCAUCCAUCGGUAAAGAGUGAAAUAUGCACACACUUUGCCAAUUGUGAGCUUCGCUCGGUGAUAAUUGUUGAUAGGAGUUUGAUGGGGUCUGAUUCUUCGACAACUAACUAUCCUGGAAAAAUUCCUCAGGGACCUGAUCUUCCUAGUGACAUUGCAGAUGAGAAGCAAUCGGAGAAGGGUGCUUCCAAGUAAAUAUAGCCCCUGAUGAUGGACAUUCUCACACACUUGAUAUGAUUAUUCUGAAGCCUUGAUUUUUUAGGGGCUGGUGGAGAUUCAUGUUUUUUUUGGUUAUUUUUAUAGGGGAGACAGAAAUUUAGUCUUUUUAAGGUUGCUUAGCUCUGUUAGGCAAUUUGAGGAUUCUUGUUUUUGGAGCCUUAUAGAUACAUUGGGUUAACCUGAAUAUCAUCGAUGGUUUUAGAAGUUCCAUGUAUUUUUUUCAAAGAUAAACAUCUUUUAUUAAUACCAUCUCCAACACUCUACGACUUCUCUCCC